AUGCAGACUAUCCCCCGUUUAUUCACUUCAUUUGUCUCGCACCAGACAGUGCCAGACAAUAAAGUUGUCGCCGUUGAUGGCCAGGCUGACAUGGCUAAAGCAGCUGGGAAGCUUCCCCCAAUUGGACAAGCAAGAGAGCUGUUCAAUCAUUUUACCAACGCACUGCAGCCAUCGCUAGGGCUCUUGCAUAUACCCUCCACGCGGCUCUUGAUGGAGCAGACUUAUCAAGAGAUGCUAGAUGGCAAACAACCCAGCCCGACAACACUCAUGUUACUUUUUAGCGUUUUCUCUGGCGCGGCCCUUGUCUGGUCAACUUCAUUGCUUAAGAGACUGAGUGCUACACAGACUGAAGCCAGAUCAGCCCUUCACGCUUACUCUCAAACGGCUUUGUUCAUUUUGGAACAUCCAGCCCAGCCUAUACAGUCCUCGACCAAUGCAAUAGUUGCCAUCUGCGCCUUGGCCCAUUCACUCGCAAACGAUGCUGGUCUUUCUGUCACAAUGCGCAUUCUGCAGGCCCGGGGUUUUGCAAUGGCACGGGACUUACAAAUUCAUAGACUGGACACAGCUCGUAGCCAAGAAGAACGAAAGCUCAAGGGAUGUGAUCUCAUCGAUAUUGAAGUCCGGAGACGGGUCUGGUGGAACAUGGUAGCAUCUGACUGGUUAUCCGCGUUUUCUGGAGGCCCUCACGAGGGCGUUUAUAUUUUUCAACCCAAACAUAUGAACGUGAACUACCCGAGUAACAUUGACGAUGAGCUGAUGAUGGCCACGGGGGUUCAGCAAGACUUUCCGCUAUCUGUUCCUACAGCGAUGUCCGGAUGCAUCCAAAGAAUUCGGACGGCGGCUUUGUGUCGUGAGGUUGUUGAUGCCUUGCCUUCGAUGCUACUAGACUCCCAGCAACCCGACUAUGAAGUGAUACUCGCGCUGGACAAGAGGUUCCAAGACACCAUCGAAAAAAUACCAGAUUUCUUCAAAAUGGACGAAGAAAGUAUUCGAAAUAGCCAGGACAUAUGUAGAGAACGGCCCUACAUUACUUGGCUACGAAUUAGCCUGCAUUUCAGCUUCCAUACACGUUUAUGCAGGCUGCAUCGACCAUACCACCUCAAAGGCACCACAGACCCAAGAUACCACUAUUCAAACAGAGUAUGCAUUCGCUCUGCGCAGACUGUUCUCGAAUUACGACGAGCCAUGGACGAGAUUGGCCCCGAGGCUGGAGGAUAUCCAGCGCGGCUGUGGAGAGUGGUGCAGCAUGUCUUUUUUGCAGCGCUAAUUCUAGCAACGGACGUCUCAUUCAAUCCCGAUGCACCGGACGCAGAUAUCCACAAGGCCAAGGUACUGGCCGCUUACCAGACAUUGGAGAGAUCCAAAGAAGAGUCUGGAACGCUCUUUGAGGGCGUCCAUAGGAAUAUGCAGACACUGUUGUCGACUCUUAAGCAGCGGCCAGGUACAUCUGACCUGCAGGGAUCUUUGGGGGAGCACAGCGCUAUGGCGCCUCGCGAAACAGAGCGGGACGGCACAUUGAUGGGGUCAGGGGAACUGCCAGGGACCAAUGAUCUCGAGGGCCGUCUAACCCCUACCACUGUGCAGGAAACCAGUGCGAGCGGAGGGUUGACAGAUAAUUUAGAAGAGAACUGGCAGCAGAUUUGGUCGGAUUUUGUGGCAGUUGCGCCAGACUUGGAUGUUCCACAGUGGAGCUCCUUGCUGGACGAUGUGGAUUUCGGUUGGAUGAAUCUGUAG